AAGUUGAAAAGUUUUAGAGAAGGUGUUGAUGAAAGUGGACAACCUAAAGUUCGACGCUCGAUGCGGGAAAUUAAAAAGCCGAAAUUUGAUGAUGAAAUAGUGGACAGUUUAGCUACUGUGAAAGUUUCGCCGCGGAAGAGGACGAGUACCGACCGCUUGCAUCAGUCACCUGAAAUAACUGAAACAACCAGCUUGGAGAAGCUAGAAAUUAACGGGUCAAAAAUUAACGCACGAAAACGAUUGCUGAAAGCAAGCGAUGCUAGCUGUUCUGGAGUAAUGGCCGACGAAAGGUUAAAAUCAAAAAAAUUUCCAAAAUCAGCGUUACAGUCACCAUCUCCUUCAUCCAUCGUGGAUAAGGAGCAGAAGGAUUCCCAUGCGGAAGUCUGGCACCUUAUGGAGCCUGGUACCGCAGGAGAAAAAGUAAAGGAAAAGAAGCGAAAGGAAAAAAUGGCAAGUAAGGAGGCAAAAACUAAAGAACUUGCUGCAGCCGCAUGUCAGUCUGCGUCCCUAAGCCCUAGUGCAGCCGAAUCAUUCAAAAUCUGGACUGUUACAGACGAUGUUGCUCUUAUGACUGCUGUUAUUCACGUAUGUGAUUUAGACGCAGUUAGGAAUUCAGUUCAUUUUUCCCGCCCUUUCAGUCUGAAGGAAAUUGAAAGCCGGUGGUAUGAUCUGUUAUACAACGAAAAAAUUUCUGGUAUGGCAAAACAGCGUUUGAACGAAUUACCGCCUGAAACAGUAGCAGCUAUACAGAGUAAGACUGCUUUUUCUGUUCAAGAAGAAGAGAUUCUAGCUAACGUGCCAUCUACAUCAUCUCCGGACCUGUCAUCCUUUUCUCAGUUGCUAAGUACAAACAGAAAUUAUUUCCAUCACGCAAGGACUGCGGAAGUUCUUUUGGAACACUGGCAGUUGAUGAGGUUAUGGAAUUUGCUAGUUGAUCAGAAAGGGCCACCAGCAUUUCAAAGUGCUCUUGACCAUACUCUUAUAGAAAAGAACCUUAGUACGACUUCUAAUACUGAUUGGCUUUUGGACUUUGAAGAGAGCAAAUUGUGUAAAGAAACAGUUGCGUUGGAUCGUGAUCUGAACCGUUGUCCCAAAGUUAGUGUUGAAGCAGUCUCUGGAAUAUCGCACGAAAUACAAGUUGAGACUGACACAUGGGGCAUUCUCAAAGGAAGCGUGUCACGUUUUUUGAUUAAAGGUGAUCGGGUUCUGAUAGGAAGAAGCACUAUGAAGCACGAAGUGGAUGUCAAUCUUUCUUUGGAGGGUCCAACUGCAAAUAUUUCGAGAAAGCAAGCAAUCUUGAAGCGUGUCUGCAGGCUUGAAGAUGGUUUUGUUGAGUAUUUUAUCGUGAAUGUGGGUAAGCGGCCAAUCUUUGUUAAUGGCGUUGCUGUCCCCUCAAGAAGUAGAAAGCAAGUUGUUGACAGUAGUAUAAUUGAGAUAGGAAGUAUACGGUUACAUUUAUCCAUAGUCGUCCGAGACUGA